UCAGGUCACAAAGCAGCAACAUGAACCUGGAAGACGCUCUUGGAGGUUGGCCCGCCGGAGGAAACAACCAACCCCAAGGCGGACCCUGGCCAGGUCAGCCCGCUAAUCCCGCCUGGCCUGGAGGUCAGCCUGGAGGAGGAGGGGCCUGGCCGGGACAGCCGAACCAACCAAGCCAGCCCGGUUGGCCUGGACAGCCCACUCAACCCGCCCAACCAAGCCAGCCCGGUUGGCCUGGACAGCCCACCCAACCCGCCCAACCAAGCCAGCCCGGUUGGCCUGCACAGCCCAACCAACCCAGUCAGCCGGCCUGGCCCUCUCCCAGUCCCCAACCAUCUGCACCUGGAGGUUGGACCAAUCCUUCUCCCGGACCUGUAAUUGGACCUGGACCUGGACCCGGUUUUGGACCUGGACCCACUGCCCCCCAAAAGAUUGUGUCGGUUCCGUACAACGACACUCUGCGUAACGGAGUUUAUGACAAACUCCUCAUCACCAUCGUUGGAACCAUCAACCCCAAAGCUGACAAGGUCACAGUGGAUCUGUCAUCAGCACAAGACCUGGCGUUCCACUUCAACCCUCGCUUCAAUGAAGGAGGCAAGAAGACGAUCGUGAGGAACAGCUGCAUUAGCACGAAAUGGGGGAAAGAAGAGAGAGACCUUUCAGGGAGCUUUCCCUUCACCGCAGGACAGCCAUUUGAGAUGAAGAUCAUGUGCACCAACACAGAGUUUAAGGUUGCCGUCAACAAUUCCCACGUGUUGUCGUACAAGCACCGGGUCGGCAACCUGAAUUCCAUCAACCGCCUCAGCAUCUACAACGACCUCACCCUGAGUGACGUCCGCAUGGAGACUGUGGCCUGAGGCACUUCAUCCGAUCUACCAAAGAUCCACUCGAGAUUUAUUAAAGGUAUAUUGCAGAUCAACUGGAGAGCCACUGCAGACCAAUUUAAGAUCCACUAGAGAUCUAGGGUCAAUCUGCUGGAGAUCUAUGGAUGACCCACUCAAGAUCUAUGGUUGAUCUACAGAUCCAACAGAGAUCUGCUUGAGAUCUUUCCAAGAUCUACUGGUGAUGAACCAAAAGUCUACCCGAGAUCGUCAUUAGAUUGUCAGCUACAACAAAAUGUAUCUUUAAUAAAUCGGUGAUUCAUGUUACAUCAACAUUCCCAGAAAGUUGUCAUUGGAUUCACUUUUACUGAGUUUUUUUUGCCUCAAAUAAAUCAAAAUUUAAUCUUAAAA